AUGCUUCUCUUUCUCUCUAUUUUGCAAUAUAGCACAAUAGACAUUACAAAUGAGAAUGAAGCAGAUAUUUUUUCAGGAAAAAUAUCCAAAACGCCUUUAUUUGUAGAAUUUUAUUCUCCUUGGUGCCAUCAUUGCAGCGAUUUCUACCCAACAUGGCAAAAACUUGUCAACAUAUCUGAAUUGAAUACAAAAAUUCAGUUUGCUAGAGUUGAUUGUCCACAAUAUUCAAAAAUAUGCGAUAAACAUAAUAUUAACGGAUAUCCUACAAUGGUAUGGUAUAACCUUAAAGAAAACAUAAGCGUAAGAUACACAGGAUUAAAUCAAAUUCCAUUUCUCCAAAAUUUUUUGGAGCGACAACUGAAAUUCCCAAUACAAUUCAUUGAAACAGAAACAGAUAUAAAUAAAUACUUACAUAAAACCAACAGAUCAUCAAUAUUCCUUUUGAAUUAUAAUGACGACAAUAUUUUAGCGAACUUCCGAGCUAUCGUAUUAGAUUUUAGAGCUACAAAUGCACUAUUUUUCGCAUACAAUUCAACCAACCAAUCAUUACAUGUAUAUCGUGAAAAAGAUUCUUAUAUUUCAUAUGAAGGUAAUUGGUCGAACAAUUCUUUAGCAGAAUUCAUAAAUGAUAACAUAAAUCCGUUACUUAUGCCGUUUAAUAAUGACGAAUUCGAAAAAAGUGAAAAAAAUGGAACCUUUGUUGUUCUCUUUUUCCUAAACAGUAGCCAACAACACUAUGAUUUCACAAAAAUAGUCAAAAAACUUCCAGCAAAUUACACUUAUUGUUAUCUCGAAAAUACUGAUGAUUAUCUUGCCAAAUUCAUGUCAAUUUCUAAAAAGAUGGUCCCAUGCAUUGUAAUUAUGAAUGCAAAGAGGAAUAUAUGGAGAGUUUACAGAGGCGAAUUUAGAAGUGACUUAAUUUCAAAUUGGAUUCAACUUAAGGACGUCAAAUGGCUUGGACCAGGUGAUGGACGAUUGUCUGACUUUUGGAUUCAAGUUUACAGCUUGAAAGCCCAAAGUAUGUUUAUAUUUGUUUUCAUUUGCAUCCUUUUACUAAUAGCGAUCAGCUUAAUUGUUUUUGUGAUCGCAAGCUUAAUUCAUGAUUACCUAUCAAUCCCUUUAAAAAAUGAAUAA